CCUCUCUCACCUCCCACCAUGGAGUGGAGAACAUCUACAGUCUGCAUACUGCUUCUGGCGCUUAUCGGCAUUCAGGUGGAUUCGAAGAAUAUUUCUCCCAGUAACCAUGUCAACAACAUCUGCAGCAUGUGGGGAAACUUCCACUUCAAGACGUUCGAUGGGGACGUUUAUCAGUUCCCAGGCAUGUGCGAGUAUAACCUGGUGUCGGACUGCCAAAGCCUCAUUCGCCAGUUCUCAGUUUUUGUGAAGAGAACAGAGCACACCAAUGGCCCAAAGAUCAGCAGGGUGUCAGUUAGUAUCAGUGACAUCUCCGUUGAGUUGACCGAGAACCAGGUUGUGAUCAAUGGAGAAAAAGUAACACUGCCUGUGCAUGUCUCAGGGAUCCUUGUGGAAGAAAACACAAUUUACACUAGGCUCUAUUCCAAAAUGGGCAUCACUGUCACGUGGAACAAAGAGGAUGCAGUUAUGGUGGAACUGGACUCCAAAUAUUCCAAUCACACUUGUGGACUGUGUGGUGAUUUUAAUGGAGUUCCAGUUUAUAGUGAGUUCAUUGAAUCUGAACGGAGGAUUGGCUAUACUGAGUUUGGAAAUAAGCACAGAGUUCCCAACCCAACACAUGACUGCGAAGAUCCUUUUGAAAACAUCGAUGAGCAAAAUGAGGUGGACCAAUGUGAAAAAUAUCGGGCAGAUUGUGUAGACCUUUUGGAGGAUGAAAAGUGGUCUUCUUGUAGCUGGGUUUUGGACCCUGAGCCAUAUAUCAAGGCCUGUACAAAUGAUAUCUGUUCGCGUGAACCUGAAGACGAAGACACCACAGCACUCUGUGCGACUUUGUCUGAAUAUUCACGUCAGUGUUCGCACGCUGGAGGAACUCCGCCGACCUGGAGAACAGCAAAAUUCUGUGCCAUCACAUGCCCCUACAAUAUGGUACAUUCUGAAAGCGGCUCCCCCUGUAUGGACACAUGCUCACACAGAGACACAAACACACUGUGUGAGGAACACAACAUCGAUGGCUGCUUCUGCCCACCAGGAACUGUGUUUGAUGACAUUUCAAACACGGGCUGCAUCCCAGCAGAAAAGUGUCAGUGCAAGCAUGACCGUGUCUACAACACAGGAGAGGUUCUUCGCAAAGACGAGGAAGAAUGUAUAUGUGAGGAGGGAAAGUGGAUCUGUGAGAGUAUUCCUGGUCCUGGCCUGUGCGCGGUAGAGGAAGGAUCUCACUUCACCACUUACGACGGGAAAGAAUUCACUUUCCAUGGAGACUGCAACUAUGUGCUCUCAAAAGACUGUGAUGAGUCCAAGUUCAUCAUAUUGGGUCUGAUUGUUCCUUGUUUUACUCAUGAAACGGACACCUGCUUGAAAUCUGUUGUGGUGCUGUUUGACAACGACAAGAAAAAUCCUCUGAUUAUUAAAGCUGAUGGGACGGUACAACACAAUGCAGAAGUUUCACUUCCUUACAUGACAGCUGACUUCACGGUGUUCAUGCCGUCAUCAUUUCACAUCAUGCUUCAGACCUCCUUUGGGCUGCAGGUGCAGGUACAGCUGGUGCCUCUUAUGCAGGUGUACAUCACUGUGGACCAAAGCUUCCAGGACAAGACUUGUGGUCUCUGUGGAAAUUUUAAUAAAGUGCUGACUGAUGACCUGAAGACUCCUCAGGGAGUGGUGGAGGGUACAGCGGCUUCCUUCGCUAAUGCCUGGAAGGCCCUUUCCAACUGCCCUGACCGCACUGAGAGGAUGGACGACCCUUGUUCCUACAGCAGUGACAGUGAGCACUUUGCUGAGCACUGGUGUUCCAAGAUGAAGGACAAGGAGAGCCUCUUUGCCAAAUGUCACGCCAGUGUCAAUCCAGACAGCUACUACAAAAGAUGCAAAUACUCUAGCUGUACCUGUGAGAAGAGCGAGGACUGUCUGUGUACGGUGUUCUCCUCAUACGCCCGGGCCUGUGCGGCUAAAGGAAUAUUCCUCCAAGGCUGGCGAGAAAUUGUGUGUGAGAAGUAUACAGAGAACUGCCCGGCCUCGCAGAACUACUCCUAUCAGCUGCAGAGCUGCCAGCGUACCUGUCUUUCUCUCGCCUCUGAGCGCCAAAGCUGCAGCGUUGACUUUGUGCCCGUUGAUGGAUGCGCAUGUCCAGAUGGAUUCUACCAGGAUGAGAAUGAACUGUGUGUACCUAUGGAAAAAUGUCCAUGUUACCACAAUGGACAGAAAAUCCAUCCCGGCAAGUCUGUCACCAUUAGGGAUGAACACUGUGUUUGCAUGAAUGGAAAGUUCCACUGUCGUUCCUGGAAAACCCGAAUUCUGGGAUGUUCCUCUCCAAAGGUUUUCUUCAACUGCAGUACAGCAGGCCCAGAUGAACAUGGAUUGGAGUGUGCACAGACUUGUAUGCAACAGGAAGUUGACUGUUUCUCGGUGGACUGUCAAUCCGGCUGCCAGUGUCCUUUAGGUCUAUUGGAUGAUGGCAGAGGACACUGCGUUAAACCGGAUAACUGCCCAUGUAAACAUGAUGGACAGUUUUAUGCACCAGGAUCUGAGAUAACCAUGGAUUGCAAUAAAUGCACUUGCCGACAAGGAAAAUGGAAAUGUACACAUUAUAAGUGUCCCGGCAUUUGCACCAUAUACGGCAGUGGACAUUAUAAAACUUUUGAUCAGCAAAGAUUUGGCUUCAGGGGAGACUGCAGUUAUAUUGCUGCUCAGAACAAUUGUGGAAAUAAAACUGGCAAUUUUCAUGUGAUCACCGAGAAUAUGCCUUGUGGAACAACAGGAACUACAUGUUCAAAGGCUGUAGGGAUACUUUUGGGGAGGACUUGGCUGCUGCUUUCUGAUGGGACUGUAAAAGCCACUGAUACUGGAAGUGGUCCAAAGAUCAAGUACAAUGAGAGAAACGUCGGGAUGUACCUUGUCAUUGAUGCUAAUAUCGGACUGACAAUUUUUUGGGACCGCAAAACCACCGUCCGCAUUAUUCUGCAACCUCAGCACAUGGGAGACGUUUGUGGCUUGUGUGGAAAUUUCAAUGGAAAUGGAAAAGAUGACUUCACCACUCAGGGAAAUUUGCCAACUACAAAUGUAUUGGAGUUUGUGGACAGCUGGAAAGUGUUAAGCACCUGCCCUGAUGCAAAACCAGACUUUAACCCGUGCCUUGAGACCCCCAAUCGAGAGACAUGGGCAAAAAUACAAUGUAGCAUCAUAAAAGAAGAUACAUUCAAAGACUGCCAUAACAAGGUGGAUCCAAACCCAUAUUAUGAGAACUGUGUGAAGGACUCUUGCUCAUGUGACACAGGUGGAGAUUGUGAGUGCUUCUGUACAGCUGUGGCAGCUUACGCUCAAGCCUGCAAUGAUGCGGGUGUUUGUGUAGUGUGGAGAACACCUGAGAUCUGCCCUGUGUACUGUGACUACUACAAUGAACAUGGAGAAUGCACAUGGCACUACAGUCCUUGUAUACCUUGCUACAAAACCUGUCUCAACCCUGAUGGUAUCUGCAAUACCACUUUACCCAACCUGGAAGGAUGUUAUCCAAAAUGUCCAGAGGAUAAGCCUUUUUAUGAUGAGCAAAAUCAGAUCUGUUUGGAGGAAUGUAUACCAUCUACCACAACGACAACUACCACAACGUCUACUACAACAACACCAGUACCUCCCUCACCACCUACCCAUAUACCGACAACUACAACACCAGUACCUCCCACACCAUCUACUACAACACCAGUACCUUCCACACCAUCUACCCCCACACCGACAACUACAACAACGUCUACUACAACAACACCAGUACCUCCCACACCAUCUACCCCCACCACAACUACCACAUUUUCAUCAACGUCACCAUGUAUUAUAUACCAACGAGACCUUCAUCUUGUGUAACUGCACCAUGGCAAGGUGCAUUGAAGACAACGUCAUUGAAAUUAUUCCAUUUGAAUGUCCUCCACUGCAGAACAUCACCUGUGAAAAUGGCAAGAAUCCUGUGCUUGUUUAUGAUGAGCACUACUGCUGCCAAUAUUACA